AUGUUCGACACCACCAACGUCUCCAUCCCAGCAGUGGACUUCAAUGACACGGAUCUACACAGGACACUAGAGGCUCACCGCCCCAUUAAAAUCGGCAUCAUCUCUGUUUUGGGAGUGAUGAUAACUUUGGGAAACAUUGCAGUGGUGAUGGUCAUAGCUUCAGCGGUGUCGGGAUGGUCCAGAAACUCCCGGUAUUUUCUCUUAUCGUUAACGGGAGCGGACUCCGCGUUCGCGCUGCUUAUAAUGCCGCUUAAUCUGUGCGUGAGUCUUAUAAAGGAGUAUAACGCGGGUCCGGACCCCUUCUGUCACAUCGUGGCGUUUUUCAACGCAACCAUUUACUCCACCUGCAUGUACACGCUUGCGACCAUAAGCCUGGAAAGAUACAUAGCAGUGUUUUACCCCCUGAAAUACUCAGUCUUGCUGACCAGGAGAAGAGCAUUGCUUUUAAUCUCAUUCUCGUGGGUUUUCCCCCCAGUGCUCCUGUUCCCCAUCUCUUUCCCUGCUGGCAUCAUUGAAGUGCACUUCUCCAGAGCCUCGCUAGUGUGCAACCCGCUGUAUUCCAGUAAUGUCAGCUAUUCUCUCACUCUUACCUGCUUCAUCUUUUUCCCCUGCUCGGCCAUCAUGACCUUCUGUAACCUCAGGCUUUGGGUAGCUGCCAAGAGGCAGAGGUCAAAGUUGAGGAGACACAGCUGGGGUGGAGGAUACAGACCUAAAGUCGCCUUGAGGGUCCUGGUGCCAGUCAUGACUGUGUACUACACCUGCUGGACACCCUGCAUGGUCAUCAUGUUGUACAAUGCGAUUUCAGGCAGUGCUGUCCCCGAAUGGAUCGAGUUUAUUGCUGUGUGGUUACCAACCUCCAACGGAUUCCUCAACUGUAUCUUCUACUUCUGGAUCAACCAUAGCUUUCGAAAGAAGUUCCACGUGGUUCUUCAAAAACUAUGUCUGAAACUCGGGCUUUGUCCAAGUUCUGACACUGAUUCAUGUUGCGUCAACUCAAUAGAUUCCUCUGUGAUUCCUGGAUGGAGCAGUAACUACUCUCUCCAUGAGCGGUUUUCUAGCGUGUCGUCCACCUGCACCCUGCUGGCGCUCAGACCUCAAACCAGCAUGCGUGAAGCAGAACCGGCUUGA